UAAAAAGUUAUGCUAAAAACGGUCUCUAAUUAUAUUAAAAAUUGGUAUAUAAUUCAACUUACCAUCAUUUCCAAUUAAUGCGUUUGAAUACAAUCAUGAACAAUAUAAAGAUAUUAUCCGGUGAUGAGAUUGUGAAAAAAGGUGUAACUAGACUCGAGGCAAAUUUACCUGAAUUAGGAUUGAAAGAUGUAGUCCCGAAUGGUUCUUGGUUAGAACAAAAACAAAUUCAAGCAUCACUGGAAGCCAAGAAGUGUCUCAUAGAAGUUGAACGUAUCGAAAAAAGAGGUCAACUUAGUCAUGCAGAAUGGAAAGAUGAGCUCAUGUUAGCUGAAGUAACGCAGAAGUGUGGUGGUUACUGGCAAUACUUAGGUCACAAUGUUGGGAGAAUUCUUUAUUUGAGACCUGAGGAAGCAUUGCUGUUGAUGGAAUUGAAUUGUCUGCUCCUUAAAUAUGGCGGAGUAACAGUAUCACUACAACAAGCCUACACCUUACUACUGCGAGGGGAUAUAAAUCUAUUAAAAUACAAAGUAUAUGCUUUAUUAAGUAGGAUAGGUUACAAAGUUUAUAAACAUAGAGCUCUUGUUAAUAAUAGAUUGAAAUCAGAACAGAAAAAUGAAAACCUUGACGAAAAUACUAGCAUACCUUUGAGUGAAUCCCAACUCAAUGAAAAUGUUACAAAUAAUGCAGGUAAAACAAAUGAAAGUACACUAGAAGGAGCUCUUGUUAAUAAUAGAUUGAAAACAGAACAGAAACAUGAGAAUCUUGAUGAAAAUACAAGCAUACCUUUGAGUGAGUCUCAACUCAAUGAAAUUGUUACAACUAAUGAAGAAAAAUCAAGAGAAGACACGCCACUAUGUGAUAGAGCCUGUUCUUCUAAUGGCACUAAGGAAACAGAAGUUGCCAGUGAAAAUGAGAAUAAAGAGCCAGAAAAAGAUCACACUAGUGAAACAAUCAAUGUACAAUCAUAUAACUCUGUUUAUAAAAGUUACCACAACAAGUUAUCAAGAUUAAAGAAUAGGAAACUAAAACAAUCCUGUGCAAUUACAACAAAUGAUAUAUUCAGUACUAUUCCAGAUUUAUUAGAAAAGCGCACUGUAACUUUAAAGGUGCCAGAAGCUAAAUAUGUUCCAAAUGAUAUGGUUCUUGAAGAAUCAUAUACAAUUAACUUAAGGAAUGUGCCCAAAAAGUGUACAAGAUCAUCUAGUUUAUCUUAUAGUUCUAGUGAUGAAGCAAGUGGAAGUCACAUAAAAAGAUUAAGGACUGCAUCCACCAGUGGCCCAUCAAAUUCAAAUAGACCUCAUUCAACACAAAUGUACCACAAUAAUCAUUUCAGACAGUUCUCCUAUUUAAGACCACAAUCUAACUUCAAUUACUUUAAUAUUAACAUGCUAUUCCACAGACCCUUUAUUCAACAAAUAUUCUUUCCGUCACCUUUCCAAUCCCGAGGUUCCCUGUUCUUUCAAAGGCCUCAGUUUUAUCAGAGAUCACAGAUAUUUCAAAGGCUACCUCUUAACAACUUCAAUUACUUUAAUAGCAGAGGAAAUAAUUAUGUAGCACAGAAUAACGUGAGCAAUCAAGAAGCUUACUUACAGAGGAUAAAAGCUUUGGCUCAAAAGUUGAAGCAACUUGUAGCAAGGGGUAAUGUUAAUCAAGAUAACACUCAGUCCUUACAAAGACUCCUCAACACCUACAAUUCAAGAUACAAAACAAAUCUAAGGCUAGGCCCAUAUUUUGAUAUUGUCACUGCUGAUGCAAUAGAAACCAUUGACCUAGACAUGGACGAUGAAGAACCACAAAAUAAAAAGCGGAAAACGGAUGAUGAUUCUCUUGAAGAUAACCUUAAAUCAAUUAAAAUAAUGGCGUUAGAAUUAAAAGCUCUAGAAAUUAAUGGCAAAGCAACACCAAGGCAUAGGAGAACAUUCUCGAAAUUACUAAAAACAUUCAAUAGAUGUUAUAAUUGUGAUUAUUAUUUAAAUUCUGUACAUGAUGUAAUUAAUCGGAGGCAAAUAAUUCUCGAUUCCUCAUCUGACACAGACUGUGUAAUACAAGAAGAAACAACUAAAGCACCUGCACAGAAAUGUAAAAAGAGUAAAAAAUUAAGGAAUCCCUUUAAUAUUCUCAAACGGUUGUCCGAAAAACAAGAUAUUGCUAAUGAAGCUAAUAUCUCAACUCAUGAUAAAUGUUUAGAAAUAAAAGAUAAAAAAUAUACUGAUGCUAUUAAAGAAACUAUAAAAGGCAAGUGGCUUCCUAGUGAGAACGAUUUUGGCCGAGUAGAACUAUGUGAAGAAUAUGGCAUAGAUCCAUUGCUAUCAAAGACAAAACUUCUAUAUGAUUUUGCCAAAUUUAAAUCAAAUGCGUUUGAAAACUGGUUAGGAUUGAAAAUAGCUUUCUUGGAAAGUCUAAAAGAAAGUAUUACGGAAUUCCAAGACAUUUCUUUGUUCCAAACUCAUUUUGAUGUAGAUUGCUUAGUUAAGCCUGAAGAUUGUAGCGAUACUCAGUCAGUACUACAAAAGUUAAGAAUAAUAAAAUCGAACAAAGAAAUUACUAGUAAUUCAACACUGAAUAUGGAUUUUGAUGUAUACAAUAGAGAUGUGGAGAAUUUUAAGAAAACUGACCCUCCAACACCACAUUUCCGAGUUAUUUGCCUAGAGGAAUCAUCAACACUACCAACAGCGUCAGAAAUCGAGGCUCUUCAUUCACAGCACUCAGAUAAUGUUCCAAUAGUGUUUGCUCUAGUCAGUAUGAGCUCAGUAUCAUACUUACAAGUGAAGCCUAUGGAAAUACCUGUACAUAUACCAAGUGAUAACUAUCGAUAAUUUAUUUAUAUAAUUCACAACAAUAUUAUAUACUUUCAGAUGUUUUACCAUAUCUGAAAGUAGUGAAAGCAAACUUGUUGCAUAAAAAUAUAUACCUAGGUACUUAGAAUGUACAAAAUUUGUAGAUACAUAUUAUAAUAUUAUACAGUAUCCUAUAAUAUUUAA